AUGUCGUCCAUAGCACCCGCUGGAGCGCCGGGAGAAGAGUUCGAAGUUAGGCAGACCCACUCCACCGACGAUUGGUGCGUAUGCUCUGAGCGUUGCCUCACGAAUCGACACUCAACAAUUGCUCGCAUUCCCAGGACCCCGGAUCCUUCGAAAUCGAUCCCUCUUCCGCCGAACCGCCAACGGUUGAUCGACGACAUCAUCGAUCUUUACUCGUGCAAGCCGACUGUGUCUAAAGUGAAGCGGUACACGGCGGACUGCGUCUACGACGAUCAGUUCGUCUACGCCAAUGAUCGGUACAAGAUGGCAGGGCAAUGGUUUGCGCUUCCGAAGCUAUUCAAAGAGAGUAAGAAUGAAAGAUACGAGGUCAUCAAGAAUGAUCCCGAGCUUAUCCAAUUUAAGAAUGAGCAGACAUGGACAUUCGCUGGCAUCCAUAAGAGCACGACCAUCAACGCUCUUGUCAGCUUGUCGCUCGACCCGGAAACGAAGGACUCCGAUUUCGUGCAAGUGAAGUAUCACAAGGAUCAGGCCAAUUCCAAAGACUACUCGCAUGAAGGUGGGUUUCUUUCGCGUGCCAUUUAUUGUCCAGGUUUGAUAUAA